CCUGGGUUCUCCCUCCGUCAUCGGAUCCAGGGAGAGAGAGAGGGAGCAGUAAUGGCGGCCGGUUAGAGCCACACACAAACACCGCGUCCCGCAAUCAGCCGCACUCACCGCAGCCCUCCGGGGGGCAGCCAGCCUCACACACCGCGGCGGAGCCAGCGCGACAGACACGGAGCGGAGACACGGGCUUUAGGGGGGGGACGGGAAUCCUCAUAGCGGACCGUUGCUGCCUGGGACUUUCCUUCUACUUUUCUAAAAAAAAAAAGAAAAAAAAAAGAAAAAAAAAAAAACAUGGAUGAGCACCCCGGCGGAGGAGGGGUCGGAGCGGCCGCCCCGAGACAGCCUCCACCGCCGCAGCAGCAGCAAGGGAGCAACAGCAGCGCUAAUCCGCCGAUCGGAGGUGUAGGAGGCGGUGGAGCCGGAGGAGUCAUGGUGCCGCACCAGCCGGACGAGCUGCCCCGGCCGCAGCAGCAGUACACUAUCCCCGGCAUCCUGCACUACAUCCAGCACGAGUGGGCCCGGUUCGAGAUGGAGAGGGCGCACUGGGAAGUGGAGAGGGCCGAGCUCCAGGCGAGGAUAGCGUUCCUGCAGGGGGAGAGGAAAGGUCAGGAGAACCUGAAGAACGACCUGGUUAGAAGAAUAAAAAUGUUAGAAUACGCUUUAAAACAGGAAAGAGCAAAAUACCACAAGUUAAAAUAUGGGACGGAGUUAAACCAAGGGGAGAUGAAGAUGCCAAGCUUUGAAUCAGACACCAAAGACUCAGAGGUCUCUGCUGUUCCUGCCAACAGUCAGCUCACCUGGAAACAAGGAAGACAACUACUCAGACAGUACCUGCAGGAAGUAGGAUACACAGACACCAUCCUGGACGUUCGUACUCAGAGGGUUCGCUCUCUGCUCGGCCUGUCGGGCUCCGAGCAGAACGGAUCUGUGGAGAACAAGAACCUGCAGCACCUGAUCAACGGGACAGAGCGCCGCAAGGACAGCAAGAGGAGUCCAGGAGACGUUCUGGAGACAUUCAACUUCCUGGAGAACGCAGAGGACAGCGACGAAGACGAGGAUGAGGAGGGAGACCUGAUGGACGACAUCAGCACCGACAAACACCACCGAGCCAAGAAACACAAGACCAAGGUGGGGAACGAGGGCUUGGCGUCAGAGGAUGACGCCGACACGGAGGAGGCUCUGAAGGAGUUUGACUUCCUGGUGACGGCGGAGGAUGGCGAGGGAGCAGGCGAGGCUCGGAGCUCCGGAGACGGGACAGAGUGGGCGGAGCCUCUUCCGUUUCCUCCUGGUGGGGGGAAGUCCUUCCUGCUGGGGGGUUCAGACGACGUGUUGGAGAGCGUGCUGGGUUUGGGCGACCUCGCUGACCUCACCGUCACCAACGACGAAACAGACUACAGCUACGAUCUGCCGUCCAGUAAGGAGUCUUCGUUCAGGAAGACAUGGAACCCCAAGUACACGCUGCGGAGCCACUUUGACGGCGUCCGAGCGUUGGCCUUCCACCCUGUGGAGCCCUGUCUGGUCACCGUGUCUGAGGACCACACCCUCAAACUGUGGAACCUUACCAAGACCGUCCCUGCCAAAAAAAGUGCCUCUUUUGAUGUGGAGCCAGUCUAUACAUUCAGAGCCCAUGUUGGUCCAGUGUUGUCGUUGGCCAUGACGUCCAGUGGUGAACAGUGUUUCAGUGGAGGCAUUGACUCGACCAUCCAGUGGUGGAACAUCCCCAGCUCUAAUGUCGACCCCUACGAUACCUACGAUCCCAGCGUCCUGGCGGGGUCAUGGUUGGGGCACACAGAUGCUGUGUGGGGAUUGGCUUACAGCGGCAUCAAGAACCGCCUUCUGUCCUGCUCAGCCGACGGAACGGUGAAACUGUGGAACCCGACGGAGAAGAACCCCUGCAUCAGCACUUUCAACACAAACAAGGAGCACGGGGUCCCCACAUCGGUGGACUUUAACGGGUGUGACCCUGCCCACAUGGUGGCAUCGUUUAACACCGGAGACGUGGUGGUGUAUGACCUGGAGACCUCCCAGAAUGCACUGGUGCUGAAGGGGCAGGGAGAAGGCACCCUCCCGGGGUCGAAUCAUAUCAACAAGGUGGUCAGUCAUCCCACGUUGCCGGUCACCAUCACGGCUCAUGAAGACAGACACAUCAAAUUCUACGAUAACAAGUCAGGUAAAGUGAUCCAUGCCAUGGUAGCUCACCUGGACGCAGUCACCAGUCUGGCUGUGGAUCCUAAUGGCAUCUACCUGAUGUCCGGAAGUCACGACUGCUCCCUUCGUCUGUGGAACCUGGACAGUAAAACGUGCGUUCAGGAGAUUACAGCUCAUCGUAAGAAGAGCGAGGAGGCCAUCUACGACGUGGCCUUCCACCCCUCCAAGGCCUACAUCGCCUCCGCCGGAGCCGACGCCCUUGCCAGGGUCUACGUGUAGAUGAGGAGGAGGAGGAGGAGAAGAGGAAGACCGUGGUGCGAGAGACACAGACUGACAGAGAUGAAGAGAUAAAGAGAGUCAGGCUCGUCUGUUCACACACAAACAGUAUUCAGGUCUGUUCAGGUCUCUGAACACAGAUUAUAUAUUAAUGAGAGACUGAUGAGGUGAGCGCACCUCCAUCAGACGGCUGAACACACACAAUCACUCACACACACACACACACACACACACACACACACACACAGUUUAAGUUAAGAGGUGCCGUCUCCCUCCGACUGACUGAAGAGACUGAGAGACGUUCAGCAGCAGAAACGUUGUGGAAACGUUGUUUAAACCCUGCAGGUCGACACUGAGCAGCUUACCUGUCCUGUGAUGUCAUCUGUCCCGGUCUGCAGAGUCACGAUGACACUACAUGAACCCCCCGUCCCCUCCCCCUCCCCUCGUGUUAACACUAGUCUGACCUCCUGACCCUCAGACAGCAGGAGCAGAGAUAUACUUAAAGGAAAAAUCCCCCAGAGUCGUCUCUCUGUGACGUUCUGCGCUCACUUGUUUCUUCUUCUUGUUCUUCUGUGGACGACAGUGACGUCACAUCCAGGUGUUUCAGUUCGAGGUUUGACAUCAGAGACAGUUUGAGGUUUUUGUGUCUGAGCCUCAGACUCAGAGCCAGAUCUUCGUUCUGUCUUUGCACCGAGACAUCACCUCCGUAUCAGAGUCCUGCCUUUUCUCUCUGGUGUGUUCACUGACCUUCGUGUGAUCUGCUCAUCGACACUGACGGUUCACAUCUGAUGUAAAGCUCCAAGUUUUCGGUCUUUAUUUGAUGGCGAGAUGAAACUGAGGGACCCAACAAAAGUCCUCGCUGGACUCAGGGACGCUGUCGUCCAUGGCCAGUGUCUUGUCCUCGUGAGGUCGGCGGUGCUGCAAUGAGGACCUGCACGAUUAUUAGCAGCAUGAAGUUAACGGUUAAUUCAGAGGAAGUUAUUCAAACCAUCCACUCAUCACAUGACUCUUUGCACUUCAACAGUCAGUGCAUGAAAACCUCCUGUUACAGUGUCAGCUGUUUGUUGGCGCUUCUUUUUGUGUCAUAUGACGUAUCAUAGCUAUCAAAACUUCAAGAUGACAUUUUUUCAUGCUCACAAUUACUUGUCUGAGUUUUAUCACCUGAAUGCAACGUUACCUCACAGUAAUUCAAAUUACACUGCCAUAACUUCUGGGGUCCGAACAGAGAAAAGACCGCUUUCAUUUUUGAUGUCUUGUGUUUUUUUCCCCCAAAAUUUCUUAGAAACGCUGCUACAACAGUCAAACUUUAACAUCCACAGAGGAACUGGUGCUGUUGUCACUGAGCACUGACACGUGUUGCUGCUGCAGUUCCUCCUCCAUUAACGAAGAUUUAAAUAUCUGUUUUAAAGGUGCAGAAGGUGCGCUGACACCUGCUGAAACUUGUAGUGUUUCUGUCUGUCGCUGCUGUUAGACUUCACCUCGAUACACAAGUAAAACUACAGGAAACGAGUAUUAAGUCACACCGAGAAGCAUCAGCCAGAAGAACGACACUUUACAGUGUAAUCACUGAAACGUGUUGCUGAACAGCAGAAGAAGAAGAUCUGAGGGGGAUUUUUCCUUUAAAGCGUCUCCAGCUGCAGCAGAGAGAAGAGGAAGCUGCUUAUAACCAAGGAACAGAACGUUUGGUGUUUUAACCCGUCGAGGUUUUGUUGUAUUUAAGUUUUUAAUUUUAAAUUCUGCAGUUAAGCGUCAAGAAAAAUGACUUUUUACAGUGUUUUAAGAGGAUUAAAUAAUUAAGAGGUUAAAAUAUAUCAAAGUUAAAGAAACUGAACAUCACGUGUCGGUUUUGUUUCUAAACACGUCAUGAACGACCAUGUUGGGUUAAAAAUCAGCUUUUCUGUUUCUCUCUGACGAGGUGUGAGCUGAUUGGAUGUCUGUCCUGAUGGGAACAGAGGAUUGGUUAAUACAUCCCCCACCUCAGCCCCUGGCGGGCCCAACAGAGCCCUGCGUUUAAACCACGGAGCGAAGGAUUCAGGCGUCGGCGUUACUGUAGUUACGUAUGGACGUUUUCUGUUUGUGUAAAAUAAAUCUAGUUUUUAUAAUCGUUUUUAUAAACGUGGAAACGUCUCGUUAACGGCACCGAGGAGGAUUCUGGGUCCUCACUCCCGUCCAGUCCUGCCAUCGACCUCCAUCUCAGUGGAGGUGUCACGUCAUGUAGAAAGUAAAGGAGAGUAGUACGGAAGCCCAUUGCUGCCAGUGUGAUGGGGAAAAAAAAGAUCCUGGAAGUUAAUAUAGUGAGAGAAUUUAUUUAAAUGUCCCCACGAUACGAUAUUAUCAUGAUGCUAAAGUCACAUGUUGAGUAUUGUGAUAAAAUAUAUUGCGAUUUAUUCGCUUUUUUCAACUGUAAAUUCAACUGUCGAUAUUUUUCCUCCACCUUAACAAAAUGACUUAAUAUCUCAAGUAUAUCUAAAGUACCUCAAAAUGACUUAGUAUCUUAAAAAUAUCUCAAAUUAAUGACUUUACAAAAUAAUUAUCUAAAAAAAAUGACUUAGUAUCUUUUAAUGACUUCCCAAAAUAAUGACUUAAAUUCAGAAAAAUUAUAAUAAAGAAUGAUCUCAAGAUAAUGAUUUAGUAUCUCAAAAACAUGCCUUACCAAAUAAAUGAUGUGAUUUUUCAAAAUGACUCAGUAUCUGGAAAUAAUGACUCAUUGUCUCAAAGUAAUUACUGACCAGUAUCUCGAAAUAAUGACUUAGUAUCUCAAAUUAAUGACUCACUCUCAAAAUGCUGACUUAACAAAAGUAAUGACUUAGUAUUUCAAAAUAAAGACUUAGUAUCUUGGAAUAAAGACUUAGUAUCUCAAAAUAAUGACUUAUCUGAAGUUAAUGACUUACUGGCUCAAAAUAAUGACUUAGCUUCUCAAAAUAAUGACUUAGUAUCUCUAAAGAGUUACUUACUAUCUCAAAAUGCCAACUUAACAAAAUAAUGACUCACAAAAAUAAAGAUUAAGUAUCUUGAAAUAAUGACCUAGUAUCUCAAAAUAGUGACUUAGUUUCCCGAAAUAAUGACUUAGUAUUUUAAAAUGACUAUCUCAAAAUAGCUCACCAAAACAUUCACUUAGUAUCUUCAAAUAAUGACGUAAUUUCGCUAAAUUACUACAUCUUGUUUUGUAUUGCAUCAUAAUUUAGUUUAUCAAAACUGACUUAGUAUCUCAAAAUAAUGACAGACUUCAUUUUGAGAUACUAAAUUAAUUUUGAUAGCAAGUUUUAAUUUUGAGAAAGUUUCUGAUUAUGUUGCAGUACUCAGUCAUUUUGAGAUAUUACGUCAUUACUUUGUCAAAUUAAGUCAUUUUCAGUAAGUCCAUUAUUUUGCAAUACUAACUCGUAUUAUAAGUCUUUUUUAGAAAGAUUCUCAGUUAUUAUUUUAAAAUAGGCUAGUCAUUUAUUUUUUAGAUCAACUCAUUAUUUUGAGAGUUUCUCAUUUUAAUAACUCACAGGAUCUUUUUAUUUCCCAUCACAUUGGUGGAAAGGGCCUCCAUAGCAACGAGAGGGAGGAGCUGCUGAGGAGUGUUGAGCCUCGGCCGAGGAAGAUGAGAAACCUACGAGCUCUGUCUAUCUGUCACCACCUGUCCUCGCAGACACACAAAGAUUAACGUGUUUUAUUUAUAUAAAAAGAUUCAUCACAACAGAAAUAAGAACUUUCUGCAGAUCUUUUCUAACUUUUUAAACCCCACUAACUUGUGGUAAUUGGCUUUACAAUUGGUACCUGAACGCACCACAGGUCUCUGUAAUCAGAAGAUGCUGCUGCAGUAAAAACUGACAACGGUCCCAUGUUGGGAGAAACUGCAGGUGUGACACCCUCCUCCUCCUCCUCCUCCUCCUC